AUGCCCCGGUGUUACGUGGUGAAAAAACAACAGCCCGCGGCACCGCAGGUGAUGCCGUACCGGAACCGGAUGACGCCGCCGCGGAAGGACGUGGACUCGUCCAGCGGACCAGUCAGCCCCACCGAGGGCUGUGUGGCACCGAUUUAUUACACCAACAUUUCGGACAACAAAAGCGGGUUCACCAUCCCGCUCAGUGACUUCCGGGCGUUCAAAUGUGGGCCAAACAACAGCAACAGCAACACCAAUCCAAUCAACGUGAAGACCAACUCCUCCAGGCAUCUGUCGGUAAGUGCUUCCACCAACAACAACAACAACAACAACCACAACGGCAGCCAGGCGGACGGCCGCAUCUCGGACCCGGCCGCGGUCCUGACGAUCCGCGUCCCGGCCAGCGUCGGCCCAUCGAUAGGCGCGAAAUCUGGCCGUAAUAAUCCUAAUUAUGGUGGCAGCAGCGCCGGCAGUGGCGUCAUCGCGGGCCCUCGCCGCAACGAGCCUGGGACCACCAGUGGGUCGACGACAGCCACAUUAAUUUAUGCUACCGAAACAUCUUCCGUGUCGCCGAUCGUGGCGGCGGCCGCGGCCGCCCAAGUGUCCGAUAAGAGGCAAGAUAAAUCAUCUCUCUCGUACGGACGGCGGCAAGCACCAACACCGUCAGUUGGUCACCGUCAGCAGCCGGCGCACCACCAACGGCCACCACUGCCACCACCGUCGUCCUCGUCCUCGUCGUCGGUGAGUCCAGAGCAACAGUCAAGUGGCGUUUACCAGCAAGCGACACCACCGUACGACACGACGGCGGCCAUAUUUCGCGAUCGCAGCAUCGAAGAAACGGAAGCCGCGCAUGAUUUAUUGUCCCUGUCGCAAAGCUUGCCCCCGCUGACGGCCCCGUGCGUCGUGACGAUCCUGCACCCGGGCAGCGGUCCCGUGGUCGCUUCCGAAUCGCCACUUCCGGACGUCACGACCACCGCGGACUUCCUUCACCGACAGGAACCGGCCAACGGAAUCAUCAGCAUCGUCGAGGCGGCCUCAUCGGCGGCCGCGGCCACCAAUCCGCCAAUUUCGAUGAUAAUACCCUGCUACGAGCUGGCUACGACGAUGACCAUCUCACCCUCGCCGACGCCGACCGCCACCGUCGACGGCCCCCUGACACCGCCCACGUCCGAGCACUCGUCCGACACCGAGUGCUCCGUGUCGAGCGGAUCGCCCAGCUCGCAAGUUUCGCCCGGCACCACCAGCGUGUCCUCGUCCUCCGCCGCCAGUGUGUUCUCGUUCGUGCACUCCAGCCCCUCUCCCGCGUCGUCCACCUGCUCAGCCCCUCAGUCCGGACGCAGAGUGACGCGAAGGCCCGCAGCACCGGUACAGCCACCAUCAACCGCCACAUCCGUCAUCGUGAACGGCUCAACGCUGGCGGCCGCUUCCCGCAAGCACAAAGCUUCCUCGGCGGCCAGUGGACAGCCCUCCGCCAAGGUGUCUGCGGUGGCAUCCAGUUCCGGUGGCACACCGAGCAAGGCCGCCGAGCUGUACACGUACGACGAUCUGAUCUCGAGCGAUGGCCGAUCGAAGAAUCGCAAGAAGCCACCGAAAGACGGUGCUCAGUCGGGUCAGGGAAGCGUGGGAUCUCCGGGUCCGGAGGCCACCAGCACCGCCAAGGUGAGUGCGGGCGCUAAAGCGACCAAUAAUCCAGCGGUGACCACCAGCAAUGGCGAGGAGUUGUUGGCUGGCGGUGAGUCUGGACCGGUGGCGAGCGUAAAGGGCAAGUACAAGUGUCCGGAGUGUGGGAAGCAGUACGCUACGUCGAGUAACCUGUCACGGCACAAGCAGACCCACCGUAGUCUGGACUCGCAGUCGGCCAAGAAGUGUGUCACCUGUGGCAAAGCGUACGUCUCGAUGCCGGCCCUAGCGAUGCACCUGCUGACGCACAAGCUGUCCCACAGCUGCGGCGUCUGCGGUAAGCUGUUCUCGCGGCCCUGGCUCCUGCAGGGACACCUGCGGUCACACACGGGCGAAAAGCCGUACGGCUGUGGACACUGCGGCAAAGCGUUCGCGGACCGGUCGAAUCUGCGGGCUCACAUGCAGACGCACUCGGCGGACAAGAACUUUGAGUGCGGCCGAUGCCACAAGACGUUCGCCCUCAAGUCGUACCUCAACAAGCACCUGGAGUCGGCCUGCUUCAAGGAGGACGAAGGCACGGACGGCUCGUCGUGCGGGCCGUUCAGCUCGCCCGUCACCAUCGUCGGGGGCCGCAAGAUCUUCCACAGCAGCCAGGACAUCGAUCGGGAUGAGUAUGCGAUGCGCGUGGCCAGUGGCAGAUCGGCGGGGCAACACAACUUCCACAACGAUGACAGCUGCUCCACGACCACGAUCGACGUGGUCACGGCCGACGCGGGAGACGACGACUGUGAAGACGACGACGAUGAGGAGGAAGAUAUCGAUAUCAUCACGACGUAA